AUGGAUGAAGAUUAUGAACAAACACUUUUAGUCAAAAAGGAAUGUUUUAUUUAUAGAAUUCCACCAAGACCAAGUGCAAGUGGUUAUAAAGCUCAAGAUUGGGAUCCAUCUUCCUUUAUUUGGACUGGCAGAUUAGUUAUUGUAGCAAGAGGUGAAAAUUGUGUUAUCAGAUUUGAAGAUCCAAAUAAUGGUGAAAUCUUUGCACAAUGCCCAUUUGAUCAAAACUCUGUUGAACCAGUUGUCGAUAGUAGUCGUUAUUUUGUAAUUAGAAUUAAAGAUGGUGAACGUCAUGCAUUUGUUGGAAUGGGUUUCACCGAUAGAGAUGAUGCUUUUGAAUUCAAUGCAACUUUACAAGAUCAUCAAAAUUAUAUUAAAAAUAAAAAAGAUAUUGAAAUUCAAAGAAGAAAUUAUGAAAAUGAACCAAAGAAAGAUUAUAGUUUAAAGACUGGUCAAACAAUUCAUAUUCCAUUUAAAGCACCAACUUCAAAAGCACCAGCUGGAAAUAAUAAUAACAAUAAUAAUAAAAAGAAUUUACCAGUUUUAACAGGUGCAAGUGGUGGUGGUUUCCUUUUAUCUCCACCUCCACCAGCUUCUUCAAAAACUAUUCAAAAACCACCUCAACAAAAUGAUUUCUUCUCUUCUCCACACCAAAAUAAUAAUAAUAACAAUAAUAAUAUUUUUGGAAAUGACCCAUUUAAUUUCAACUCUUCACCACAACAACCACAACAACCACCACAACAACAACAACAACAAAAUAAUAAUAAUAGUAAUAAUAGAAAUAAUAAUAACAGCUUUGAUGGUUUUGGUGACUUUAGCGAUUUUGGAAAUAAGAGCAACAAUAGCAACAAUAAUAGUUUUGGAAAUAAUAAUAAUAAUGAUAAUAACAAUUUUGGAAAUAAUAAUAAUAACAACCUCUUUUCACCACCACAACAACAACAACAACAACAACAACAACAACAACAAAAUAAUAAUCAAUUCUGGUUUAACUAA